CGGCGAUGAGUCUGGUGGGGGGCUUCCCCCACCACCCGGUGGUGCACCAUGAGGGCUACCCCUUCGCCGCCGCCGCCGCAGCAGCCGCCGCAGCCGCCGCCGCCAGCCGCUGCGGCCACGAGGAGAACCCCUACUUCCACGGCUGGCUGAUCAGCAGCCACCCGGCCGAGAUGUCGCCGCCCGACUACAGCAUGGCGCUCUCCUACAGCCCCGAGUACGCCAACGGCGCGCCGGGGGGCCUGGAGCACCCGCACCACCACUACGCAGGCGGCGGCGGGGGAGGCGGCCUGGGGCCUCCGGGCAGUGGCGGCGGGCCGCCGGGCUUGGGGGUCGGCCCCCGGCCGGUCAAGCGGCGUGGCACGGCCAACCGCAAGGAGCGGCGCAGGACUCAGAGCAUUAACAGCGCCUUCGCCGAGCUGCGCGAGUGCAUCCCCAACGUGCCGGCCGACACCAAGCUCUCCAAGAUCAAGACGCUGCGCCUGGCCACCAGCUACAUCGCCUACCUCAUGGACCUCCUGGCCAAGGACGACGCCAACGGCGAGGCCGAGGCCUUCAAGGCCGAGAUCAAGAAGACCGACGUCAAGGAGGACAAGAGGAAGAAGGAACUGAACGAGAUCUUGAAAAGCACCGUGAGCGGCAACGACAAGAAAACCAAAGGACGGACUGGCUGGCCGCAGCACGUGUGGGCCCUGGAGCUCAAGCAGUGAGAGCCGCCAGGCCAGGCGGAGAGAAGCCCGCGGAGGACUCAGAGCCCGCCGAGCCAAGGACGCCGUGAAGGUGGUAG